GUUCAGAUGAUUUGAUGAAUUAAUACAUAUUAUAGGAGGUCAUCAAAAGCCCCGGCACAAGGUUGAGCGCACACGAUGAGUCUAAGUGUUCGAACGCUGGGUAUGGCCGGUCGAAUGAGUCGCAUUGACGAGUCCACGAAGACAAUAUCUAGAUUAGAUCAAGCAAUUCCACUAUGAUAUGGAAGCAAGUGAAAGCUUGAGUCGCCAGUACAGCCACCAGUUGUAGCGGAGUCGGGAGUUAGAGUUUCGAGAGUCGAGUCGUGGACGGAUUAUACGGUUUUUGUGUGUGUGUGACGGACUACGGCGUACUGCAACAAGCAUGAGCGACUAUCACACUAUACACUGCUGGGUGUGGAAUGCGCUGUCUAACUAUGACUGAGUCGGUACGAUGUUUGAAUGGAGCUAUGCUGUUUGGACUUUUUCAGCUUUUCCUUUUGUUACCACAUACAGGUGGAGAUCGCUUUGAUGCCAAAGGUCACCGGCUGAUUGAAUUGUUGAAUGUUCCUAACAACAUCACAGUAAGAGAGGGCGACUUGGCCAUUUUACCGUGUGCAGUUUUACACCUUGGAACCAAGCAGGUUGUCUGGCGUCGCAUGGACAAAGACCACAUCACGGCUAUAGGCACGAUGACAUGGGUAAAAGAUCCCAAUGUGUCGGUGGAGCACCGGGAUCUGUCCCCGGAACUGUCGCACUGGAACCUCAUGAUAAAGAUGGCCAAACCGCGACACAGUGGUCUGUACGAGUGUCGCGUCACCACCACCAAAGUCCUCAGUCGAACUGUGCAGCUCAAUGUUGUAGGACCACCUUUAACAAAACCAGAGAUUGCCAUGAAAGGAAAAGAGUUUGUCGAGAUGGGUGAACAGAUUCGACUUUCGUGCAAGGCGUCGGGCGGCCCGCAGAUCCCCGAAGAAAUGGACUGGUUCAAGGACGGUGAUAAGAUAGACAUGAAAAAGUAUAAAAACGUUUUAAUAACGAAGUACCGGUCACUCGCGGAGCGGGCUCUGGUCAGCGAGUUACUCAUUGACCGGAGUCGGAUUCAUGACAGCGGGACGUACAUCUGUAGAAGUUCUUCCGACGAGAUUGACAGCAUUAAAGUGACCGUCUUAGUUGCUGAUUCAUCAAAUGUUAAAAGAGGAACGGUGACCUCUAUGCCAGGAAGGGCAUCCAGUUGUGUUCCAGCAAGAUGGCUGCUACAAAUAUUGACAGUUCUGACUUUUGUGAAACUCUAUUUUACUGUGGGAUUCAUUUCAUGAACUUAAAAAAAUUUCUCACAUGAUCAUUUCUCAGCAUGUGCAAUAUUUUAGAAAAAUUCAUGAAAACAUCUAUAUACUGUGAAUCAUAGUCAUUGUUGGAGGAGCAUGGAGUUGGAAAUAUCCAAUACAAACUGAGUCUCACUGCUUGGGAUUGGAACUGUUUAAUAAAGCCUGAGUCUUGCAUGAAAUUGGAAAAUAUCCUGUACAGACUGAUUCUGAUUAUAUGGAGCUGGAAAAAUUAAAUACAAACUGAAUCUUACUUCGUUAAACUGGAAAUAUCCACAACAAACUGAGUCUCACUGCUGGAAAAAUCCAAUUCAGACUGAGUCUCAGUGAAUAGCAUUGGAAAAAUCCAAUACAAACUGAGUCUUAUUCUAUAAGCCGUGCCUUGCAACACUGAUAAAUUGUGCCUUUAUCAAGAAAAAAGAAUAAGAUGGGAUAUGAGCUGUGUGGUGAAAGCAAUAAUAUAUCUACAAUAUGAGGAUGUGUAAGGUUAUAUGCAACACCAGAUUCAUGAUGUGGAAAAAACCCAACAAGGAAUGCCUCAGUCUGGUGGGGAAAUUAAAUCCUGUGAUUUUAAUUUGGACCUCACAAGUUGCAUUGUUUGAAGCUGCCUGUAGACUAAAGAUUGCAUUUGUUGGUACACAUUAUUUUAAUUAUAAGGAAGUUGAAGAAAUGAAAGAAGAAUUAAACUGUGAAUACCAUCUUAAGAAUUAUGAUACGUGUCAUUUUUUACAGAAAGUGAAACACUUAGCCAUUAUCUUGAGAUAGGUGGAUAUUGACCUUAAUAAUUGAAUUUCUACUAUAGGAUACAGAGGAUACAGAGUUGUGGAUAAUAAAAUUGUAGUUGUUGACCGUGGGAUAUUUUCUGUCGUUGACCUUGAAACACCUGGAUGAUGACCUUGAGAUAUAUGGUCACUGACCUGUUGAAAAAGAAAACAUGUUGCUACUGACCUCAGAUCCAUAUUAUUAGUGGUUGCAUAUUUGUUUAUUUGUGUAUAUGUGUAUUUAAUUUCACCCAAAGAUGAAACCUGAAUUGUUAUUGGCUGAGCCAAGACUUCAUCAUAAUGAACCUGGUUAAAAAGGUGCAUUGUGGUAGAUGCAUCUGUUCUGCGUGCAAUUCAGUGGGAGCUGCAAUAUUUGAUUGACUUAAUACUCAUCAUGGUUUGAAAUUAAGAGAUUUUAAUAUUUCUGUAAGUCUGUGUGAAUCUAACAAUUCAGAACUGUAGCAGAAGACACCAGUGGUUAGUUCAGCCAGCCGUUUGUCAUUAACAUUUGCCAGACCACCGACAUAGCCAGAAGGGAGACAUAGGGCAAUGCCCCCCCCCCCCACCCACCCCAUGACACAUCUUUUUUCCAUACCAUGUUAUAUAUUUUCCUAUCACCCCAUAACAUAAAACUCAUAGACAAUGUUCUUCCUGUUCCGGAGUUGGCCACUGGUGAUGUCAGAGGUUAAAUCAGGGGUGGGACGGGAGUGCCUGAACCUUUCAGUGGAAAUGGGCAUGUUAAAAGAGUUCCUAUUCAUGCAUAGACAAUGUUGGUGCCCCCCCCCCCACCACUCAUCCACCCCCCUCCACCCCCCAAUAUAAAAUCCUUGCUAUGCCAGUGUACCAAGACUAGGGUUAUAAAUAUUAAGCUGAAUGGCCAUUUCAAGAACCAGUCAAAAUACUUUGCAAAUGUUUAGUAAAAAAUGGCUGGCUGACCAUAGACAACAAGAGCAACUUGGUAAUCUUCAGACAUCAUUUAUUAACAAAGCAAAAUUCAUGUUGUUAUGUAUAUGUUUAUGAUAUUGCAAAAAAAAACCCCCACCAAACAACCGGUAACAUAAAAUAAAGAAGAAAUGUUGCUGUGUUCAGUUUAAUAAGACAAUAGUCUGUAUUAAUUUUACCCCUUAACCCCCAUGCCUACACACCAGCAGCCUUUAAAGUCAAACCCCAAGGGUUUACCCACAAUCAGGGUUUGAAAUUUAUCUUGUGAAGUGAGAAGAUAUCUUCACUUCUCAAAAUUUAAUUAGAAAUAAAAAAUUAGAAAUAGAGAAGCAGUUUUAUGGAGGAGCCUAAUUGACAAAAUUCUCUUAAGCUCUCUAAAACUGUCUUACUCUUUUCGUAGCAUGACAGUGUGCAGCACACCACCAAAUAAAUUUACGUUUAGGACAUGAUGGCGUGAUAUUAUUAGUUUGACGUCACAAAAAUUAUCAGUCUGUAACGUCAUUUCAACACAGACACGAAAAGGUUAAGCUACAUCACAGCAUUCUUGCAAUCUUUUUAUUUGGCAUGAUUGCUAAAAUUGAGAGAGUUUUGUGAAUUAUACUCGUGAACCCCAUUCCAUGAAGCGAUCUUAGUGCAAAGAUCAUUUUAACUACAUAUACGUUAUGCACUUAAGGCAAUCUUAGUGCUACAAUCAUUACUAUAUAUACAUUAUGCACUUAAGGCAAUCUUAGUGCUAAGAUCAUUACUACAUAUACAUUAUGCACUUAAGGCAAUCUUAGUGCUAAGAUCAUUACUACAUAUACAUUAUGCACUUAAGGCAAUCUUAGUGCUAAGAUCAUUACUACAUAUACAUUAUGCACUUAAGGCAAUCUUAGUGCUACAAUCAUUACUACAUAUACAUUAUGCACUUAAGGCAAUCUUAGUGCUAAGAUAAUUUUAACUACAUAUACAUUAUGCACUUAAGGCAAUCUUAGUGCUAAGAUCAUUACUACAUAUACAUUAUGCACUUAAGGCA